AUGGCCGGCGGCAAGGGCAAGUCUUCGGGCGGAAAGAGCUCUGGUGGCAAGACCUCUGUUGAGGGCCCCAAGAAGCAACAGAGCCACUCGGCGAGGGCUGGUCUCCAGCCGAUCACCGGCCUCCUUCCCUGUGGUCGUGUCAAGCGAUUCCUCAAGCAAAACACCCAGAACAAGAUGCGCGUUGGCGCCAAGGCGGCCGUCUAUGUCACCGCCGUACUGGAGUACCUAACUGCCGAAGUUCUCGAACUCGCUGGCAACGCCGCCAAGGACCUCAAGGUGAAGCGCAUUACUCCCCGACAUCUCCAGCUCGCCAUCCGAGGUGACGAGGAGCUUGACACUCUCAUCCGCGCGACCAUCGCCUACGGUGGUGUUUUGCCACACAUCAACCGCGCCCUUCUUCUCAAGGUCGAACAGAAGAAGAAGGCAAAGGCGGCGCAAGCGGUAUAA